CUCCGUUUGCUCCAGAGCAGCUCUCGUUUGGCCAGAAGAAAACUGUAGCGGAUCUCAAUGGAUUUACUAUAUGAGAUCAUACACCUAUCGGGAUAGCAUCCACAUUUACUACGGGUUCAUAAUGUUUCUGAAAGAACGACUACACUACAGAUAGAGGACGAGUGAAGACCCUUUUGAGGGAUGACCGACCUGGAGGCAUCGACAGUGGGGGAACCCCCUCCCCCGUAUAUGAUCUUCCUCCUGGUCUUCUUCUUCUUCAUCACUGGCCUCCUGGGCUUCCUGGUCUGCCACCUGCUGAAGAAGAAGGGCUACCGUUGCAGGACUGGGGAGGAGGAGGACGAUGAGGAGUGUGAGCAGAAACUGGGACCAGACAAGAAUGAUGAUGAAGAAGAGGAAAAUCAAGACACCGUUGAACAAAUCCUGAAGUGCAUCAUUGAAAAUGAAGCUAACAUGGAAGCCUUCAAGGAUAUGCUAGGAAAACAGGAUAUAUGUCAACAUCAGGAUCCUAGAUUACUGCGCAAAGAGAGCCUGGGGGGUAUUCCACCUCAUCACCACACAGUGCACUCUGGCGCCCAGCUCGACCAUAAGUCUUGCACACUCUGUGUGCAAGGGCGGUCCAAGAAGGCCCGCCGCCUGAGCCGUGUGCCUCGGACCAAUAAGCCCAGAACGCCAGGAGAGAGGAGAGAGUCCACUGUGUUCGCUGUGGGAAGGUUCCGAGUCACCCACAUGGACAAGAAGGAUCAGGGGUCUGGCGACCAGUUGGACCAAUCGGAGGCCCUGGAUAGUGAGAAGGGGGAUGAGGAGGACCCCCAGAGGAAGGAGGGGUACAACCUGCAGAGCAUGUUCAAAGACGUCAAAACAGAGACCACAAACGGUGUGGUGGCCACCGCGGCCAAGCGGAAGAAGAGUCUAGUUCUGUUCUCGCUGCGCAGAGGCAGUGAUCCAGUGGGGGUCAAAGUGUCACUGAGCCAGCCUGUGGUGGAAGAGGAACCCCUCUUCAAUGAUCCGUUGAAGACUGCUCCAGUGCAGACCUCCAGCCCUGUGAAGGCCCUGUCGUCCCAGCCCAGCAUGGGCUCUGCUGCACCUGACGACACUGAGAUGGCCCCUGUUAAGAUGUCCCCCACUAGGGUCACUUUUAUAGUGUCCCCCACAGAGGCUCCCGAACCGGUCUCUCCCAACACGAGUCCAGCAGGAGUUUCCCCCUAACGCCCCCGGUACAAGAAUCCCCCAUCACCACCCCAGUACAAGUCACCCCCAUGACCCCUGAAAUAUUCCCCCUUACCCCAGGCUCCCCUACUAACCUUGCCCCUAGCCCCUUAAAUGUCUCCCCUGCCACUUCCCCUGUACAAGCCCACCCUACCCCUGUACAAGCCUCCCAUACCCCUACCCCUGUACAAGCCUCCGCUACCCCUGUACAAGCCUCCCUACCCCUGUACAAGCCUCCCUACCCCGGUACAAGCCUCCCCUACCCCU